UGUGCUUUAGUUGUUAUUAAAUAUUUUCACUAAUUUUGUUUGUAAAUUUUAUAUCGUAAGGAGCCUUAUGAUUAAAAAGAUGGCGUCGACACAAGGAGAUGAGACGGAUGAUAUGCGCCGUAAGAGCAGAGGAAUGUUGAAAAUGUAUUACGGAAUAGACGAAGAGAAACCAGGUAUGACAACCGUCGACCCAUGUGACAUUGACGGUGCCCAUUUUAAGCAUGAUAUAUUCCUUAACAAGCUUAUCCGAGAGAAGUCUCUGACUGAGCUCAUGGACAGAGAGACUGAUGUAGUCCGUCAAAUCCGUGCUCUGGACAGUGAAAUGCAGACCCUGGUGUAUGAAAAUUAUAACAAGUUUAUAAGUGCUACUGAUACAAUCAGAAAGAUGAAAAACGAUUUUAAGAAAAUGGAAGAUGAGAUGGAUUUACUGGCAACCAACAUGGCUUCAAUAACAGAAUUCAGUGCCAAGAUUAGUGACACCCUUCAAGAUCAACGACAGCAGAUAACAAAGCUUGCUGGUGUUCAUGCCCUACUAAAAAAACUCCAGUUCUUGUUUGAACUUCCAGCACGUUUAAAGAAAUGUGUAGAGAUGAAAGCUUACAGUCAAGCAGUUAGAUAUUACACUAAAGCUGAGAAAGUACUUAUCCAAUACAAUCAUAUGCCAAGCUUUAAACGAAUUCAUGAGGACUGUCUAGUAAUUGUAGAUGAACUUUGCCAAAAACUGAAGGAGAAAUUUCAAGAGAAAGAUUCAAGUCCUAAAGAACUGGCUGAGUGUGUUGAUUUACUCCUGGAAUUAAAAGAACCUGCAGAACUGUUGUGUGAUGAAUUUUUGUCCCAUGCCCGUCAAAAGAUUGAUGAAGAUUUGGCUGAACUGGAAAGGCAGAUACAAUUACAAUCCGGAGUAAUUCCACUGAUAGAAGAAGUAGAAAGACCUGCUCAAGCCUACAUGAUGGCUCCAAUAGAUGUCCUUGAAUUUGUGGACCAUGGCUGUAAUACAUUCCUCAGUAACAUCUGUCUUGUGAUAGCAUCUUACAAUGACAUGUUCUUAAACAGACUUCAAGAAGAUGAGAAUUUAGAUGCAAUAGCAUUGAAAAAGUUGGUGAAUUUUGUAAACUCUCUCAUGGAAAGGUACUUUGACUGUGUACACAAGAGAGUACUCUUAGAGAAAGAAACAGGUGAUAAUACUAUUCUUGUACGUGCUUUGGAUCGUUUUCAUCGGAGACUUCAAGCUAUGAACAAACUCUUGCCUGACACUGACUUUUCACGAGCUGGUACUGAAAUUGUGUCAAAGGCUGCCAGAGAAAGAGGAGCUUACUACUUGCAAAUGUUGAAACAGCACUUUUUAGACUGCUUAACAGAUGUUCGUCAGAAUUUAGCUGCUCCGAAACAGAUUGGCAAACAAGAUAGUUCUGACAGCUUAUCAGAAUUAUUGAACAAUACUGAAACUUCGGUAUUGGAGCAAAUUAAAUCUGUUCUCGCCAACUUACAGGCAUUUAUUUCCCCUGAUAUCACUUUUGCUAUGAAGCCAUACUUCAGGGGCCCUUUCUGUAUACAAGAUGUGAGAGAAGGAAUACUUACUAACUUUAUUAGGCAUAUAUGCCAAGUUUGUUCUGAUUUCUGUGAAGGUGCUGCUGAACGAGGGUCUAUUCCACCUUCAUUGUUAUUAAUUCUCUCAAGACUCUGUGAAGAUUUCAGUAAUUCUAUCAUAUCACAUUUGGUUGUGCUGACUGAAGAACAGCUUCUGAUGGAAGACACAACCGGAGUAACUCCUAUAUCCAAAUUAUGUGAAGAGGCAAAAUGUGCUGCCCAGAAGCUUUUAAACCAUUAUGUUCGAAUACAAGGACUUACUAUUUCCCAGAUGCUGCGCAAGAGUGUGGAGACACGAGACUGGCUUCAUACGAUUGAACCCCGAAAUGUCCGAGCUGUGAUGAAACGUGUGGUGGAAGACAUAACUGCCAUUGAUGUACAAGUGGGACAGCUGUAUGAAGAAGGGAUUCGUAAGGAGCGUAGUAGUGACUCCAGCCGUCGGACACACAGCUAUAGUCUUUCUCAACAGCAGAGACGACCGCAGUGGAACUUUACACCCAGCAUAGACAACAGCUUGAUCAGUAAUAUCCAGAAGCUGUUUUCUGAGAAAAUUGAAAUCUUCUCCCCAGUUGAGUUCUCCAAAGUUUCAGUUCUCACCGGCAUCAUUAAAAUCAGUUUAAAAACUUUCCUUGAAUGUGUCCGAUUGAGAACAUUUGGACGCUAUGGCCUGCAACAAAUUCAAGUUGAUACCCACUAUCUUCAGCUGUACCUGUGGAGAUUUGUAUCAGAUGAAAAUUUAGUCCAAGUUUUAUUGGAUGAGAUUGUUUGCAGUACUGCACACCGCUGUUUGGAUCCUAGCAUGAUGGAACCAAGUGUGAUAGAGCUGAUUUGUGAACGUGGAUGAAAUUACUGAUAUUAGGAGAGGCAAUAAAGUCUCUUAAUUUAAUUCUGCUUAAUUAUCUGGAGUCAAGAAUAAUCUAGAUAAUUAAGCAGGACAAAGAACUACUCAGUAUACAAAAUCAAGAAAAAAAAGGGUAAAGGAAGAAACAGCAAUCAUACUUCUCAAGCAUUUCUGGGACCAAUAUUUGUAUUUUGCGUUUUUUUCUUUCAAUGCUUGGACUUAAGUGUGGUUUUGUGAAGAUUAUAAAGACCUUUGGUGGUUAGGAAAUAAUUUCUGUAAUAAAAAGAAGAAUUUUGAUAUUUAAAUAACAAAAGAUGGUGAGCUGGCAGAAUCAUUAGCAUGCUUAGCGGCAUUUUGUCCAUCUUUACAUGCUGAGGUUAACUUUGCCUUUCAUCCUUCCAGGAUCGAUAAAAUAAGUACCAGUUGCACACUGGAGGAGUGGGGUCGAUGUAAUCAAUUUAUCUUCUCCAUCAAAAUUGUCGGCCUCAUGCCAAAAUUUGAAACCAAUAUUUGAGUAAUAUUUAAUUUGUUAUGGAGCCUAUUUGGUUUGGCUAUAAAUGAUGACGGAAGCAGCUGUUGAUAGAAGUGGUGGUUGUAAAGGGAGAAAUACAUGAUGAAUAAAUCUGCAUACGGCAAAAUUGAUGGUAAAUUAUGUAGAAUAAAAGAAAAAAUUAAAACGUGGUGGUAAAAUAAA